UGGGACCAUAACCAUGGCGAGUUCGGCGCGAUCGAGCGUCGCUACGCGGAGUGGAGUACCGCAGCGGGACAGAAUUUUCAAAGAGCAUGGGACGACAACGACAACGACAACGUCAUCAAGUUCGGACGAUGAGGAUGAACUUGACAAUGAUGCGGAUGACCUGAAGCGACCGAACGUACGCUGGACGUCCGAAGAGCAGACUGCCAUAUUUUCGUUUUAUGGCCUGCAAAAUGCAUUCCCGCAAACGUGGGGGGAAACACGGGACGAACCUCAAAAAGGACCAUCGACCAUUACCUCGAUCAUAUCAGGGGACGCUUCACCAGCGAGUGCUGAUAUUCCAACGUUGCCUCACGAAGCAGACACUCCAGUAGAUACAUCGGACCCACUUGGCAUCAGGGAUUCCAUAUUAGGGCGUGGAAGGCGCGGUCGAGGUCCUCUAUCAAGAGUGGAAGCGGAACAAUAUGGAGCGCUGCUGAUUACCAGCAGAAAGUUUGACGCAAAGCAUUUCCUCCGAGAAGUUCACAAAACCACUUCGUACCGAGACCUGGAAUUGGGCGCAGACCGCUUACAUGCGGCCAUCGAUCAUCGAGAAGAUGUUAUCAAAAAUCUUGUAAAGACGCAUUUUGCAAAAUUUGUGAGCGCAAAAAGCACCAUAGACUCUUUCUACGAGCAAAUGCGAACCAAAAAUCUCAUUUCGUCUGAGGAUUAUGGUGUGGCACCAUUCGCAAGAUCCAUUGAAGCCUUGAAAGUGGAUGCUUCAGCACUAUAUACACCGCUCUUGGAACGGAGACUGAAGGCUGAAAGAAUCAGGACAACCUUGAGCGUGCUAGGUCAAUGGAAGUUUUUCUUCAACCUUCCCAGUGUCUUGCAGGGAUACCAUUCAAAGGCCAAAUACGACGCGCUUGUGCGAGACUACCAAAAAGGAAAAUACCUCAUGGAAUCGUCAUUUGGCCGCAACAGUCAAAGACUCGGAGUGAAAGCCACAGGCAAAGAAAAGGAUGCCCUUCUUCCCCAAGCCCACCAAAAAGUUUUUGAAAAGGUGUGGAAUGAAGCGGAAAACAUUGUCUCUGAAUGCCGGCGGGAGCUUUUCCGGCAACUCGGAGAGUCCUGGGUACCAUUGGAAAAUCAAGAAAGGAUAAUGACAUAUCUAAUCGAGUUGAAUGCGGAUCCGGAUCCUGUUCAGCUGUAUGUGGAAAAACAGUAUGAAUGGAUUUUAAGUAGAUUGAGGCAAGCGUACGAUAAUCACUUGCGGAAUUUGGACGAUUUAAACAAGUGCCAGGGCGAUCGUCCACAGCAGUUUACCGUUAGCCAACUCCGGAAGGCCCUGAAUUCUGUCCAGUCACAAGAGUUUGAAGAAACUUUCGGCUAUGACAUGAAUGUGAAGCUCUUCCGUAUUACUGUUAGCCUUGUGAGGACGCUAUGUGAUAUUCUUGGUGACUGCCUUCCUGAUUUCUGGAAACUUUGCCGUAUAUAUUGCGAAGGGCGCCUGCAAAAGACGCGAACGGCAGAUGCCGAACUUGGACAGCAACGCUCUAAACGUCGUUUAGACGCACGGAAAAUGGAGCAAUGCCAGAAAAGGAUUGCAAAUAUCAUUGAUCUCUACUCAAUGCUGGUGGCCCGAGCAUUCUUCCUCGACACGCCGCUGGCGGCAUUGAAAUCCAUACCCCAGGAAGAAGACCCGCCUUCACGACCAUCGAUUGCAUCUCCCGGAGAAGGUGAGGCGACAAGUUCUACAGCAAGUCCGGAGAUUGCUACAAUUGUCACUCCGGCUACCGACGCUAGUUCUGCGCAGAGCCCCCUGUCCGUGACCACAAGUGACGCUGGGCCCUCUCCGGUGACUGCCAUUCUACCACCUACCCCAAUUUCCUACAAAUAUUCGACAUUCCUUACCGCACACCCGUUGGUAGCUUGUUACUAUUUUAUCAAAAUCAUGUCGGAAUUCGCACAAUGCUGCAGUGAAAUCAGAGCCAUCAAGAUCAUUGGAGAAGACAAGCUAAUACCUCUAUUGGGAAUGGGAAUGGCCAAAAUUCAGCAACGCGCGGUUGAGGUUAUCUGUGAACAGCUAGUGGAAGAGUCCCGGGAAUUCUACCGUUACGAGGACUGGUCUUUUGAAAUUGACAACGCUACUGUGGAUAUAUCGCGGCCGCUGACGACAAAUGCCGCUAUUGCAACGGAUUCUACGGCACUUCUUAAGCUUUUCUAUCGACUGCACAAGUAUGUUAUUCGGUGCCUUCACAGAAUUGCUUCUGCGCCAGUUAUCAGUGGUCCGGAGAGAAGCAAGCAGGAUUCUCGUGACACGGCUGCAUCAGGGAUGGACCGAGCUGCAAGUCGCGACAGCCGUUCGCAAACUCUUGAGCCGGAAGUAUCAUCGACUCUAGUUAAUCAGAUCCGACUAGCUUUCUACGAUAGUCAGUACGCAAUCCUUGAUGGGCUCGAAUGGCUAGCCACCGGAUGGAAAUGCCCAGCUGUAGCAAGUCCAAGCAUGCCGACAGGCGUUGGCGGCAUGGUAGGCGACACGCCCGUAAGAGCAAUAUUGCCUGGGACAGACCUACAGAUAUCGUCGUUUGGCGGGGAGGUGAGAGCGGUUAUGGGGAACGCCCCAGUGUGGAGAAGAAAAGUAAAAGCGGUCGAUGUCCGUCAAACGAGCAUUCGCGUGAUUAUCAUAAUCAGCAAUCUUGCCUACAUGCGGACGACAGUGGUGCCAAAACUUGUCGCUCUUUUCCAAGAAAAGUUCAGGGUCACACUUACUUCUGACACAAACAACCUUCUUGACAUUGUCAACCACUUGGACACAUUGUUAUUCCAUAAUUACAUGAGAAAAAUUACUAGGAAGGUUCACGACAUUGUCCGACAAGGAAUUUUAUUUUCGGGGCUUGAUUGGAAUAGUCUUCCCCAUCCCCAAGAGGUUCGUCCUCAUUGCUACCGCGUUCUUUUGACCUUGGUCAUGGUGCACGCUGAGAUCAGUGAGGUGUCACGCCUCCUAGUGCGACGAGUACUCUCCGAACUCUUUUACCAUUUAGCUCAGGACCUGCUGUUGACAUUCCGAGCGAUUGACAAAUUCAGUCCUGGCGGAAUGCUCCAAGCUACCCUCGAAACCGAAUUCCUCCAUCAAACUCUUACAGCAUACGAAACGCCUGCCUCUGCUGCACUCCUCACCCUCAUUUACGACACGCUCGAACGGGGUGUAGAUCAACACGAGCUCGCUUUGGCUGAGACGGCACAAGAUGGACGUGAGUCGAUGAAAGAUAUGCUGAAAAAGGUCAAGAUGUUUUUGGCCGAGGCAAAGCAGGCAACCGAGGUGGAAUUCUCCUGUUUUAGGGAAAUUGUUGAUGAUAGUGAAGGAGAGGAAGACCAUGACGGGGGAGGACAUGAUGCCGAGGAGGCGUCAAAGUAAAAUAAAAUAUAUAUAGUGCAUAGUGAGGUGUUACAAUACAAUACUAUUCAAUGUGAAG